AAAGUUUGUGAACAACUUUAAACAUUAGUCCUCAAUAGGCAGUCGACCGUUGUUACAGUCACAGGUGCUGUUUUGUCUAGUUUCAAGUUUGUCUUCUGUGCCACGACCGAAGCGUAAAAGAGGAAUGCUUGAAACCAACCCAAGUCCAACUCACCCUGACGAAGAUGCAGCUGAGGAGGCCGGACAGGAGAUUGUGAGCCCAGACUCCUACAUCAAGCACCCCCUCCAGAACAGAUGGUCUCUUUGGUUCUUCAAGAAUGACAAGAGCAAAACAUGGCAAGCCAACCUGCGACUCGUCUCUAAAUUUGACACGGUGGAAGAUUUCUGGGCUCUCUACAACCAUAUCCAGUUGUCAAGCAACCUCAUGUCAGGCUGUGAUUACUCCCUCUUUAAGGAUGGCAUUGAACCCAUGUGGGAGGACGAGAGGAACAAGCGUGGCGGACGCUGGCUGAUCACACUCAACAAGCAGCAGAGGAGAUUAGACCUGGACCGCUUCUGGCUGGAGACUCUCCUGUGCCUAGUUGGAGAGGCCUUUGACGACUACAGUGACGACGUCUGUGGAGCCGUGGUCAACAUCCGCACAAAAGGAGAUAAAAUAGCCGUCUGGACAUCAGACUACGAGAACCGGGAAGCUGUGACACACAUAGGGAGAGUUUACAAGGAGCGCUUGGGGCUUCCCAUGAAGAUGACUAUUGGCUACCAAUCUCACGCAGACACAGCCACCAAAAGCGGCUCAACCACCAAGAACAAAUUUGUUGUUUGAGAAAUGCCCUACGUGCCUCUUUCAUUUUCUUGUCUUAUUUGUUGUUGGUGCAUAUGUUUACUUUGCUGCAAAGACUCUGCGGAAUGCAAUCUGGAAGACAAAACCUAAUCAAGGACUACAUGCCAAAUGUUUCCAUAACCUGCCCAGGACUGAACCACAGGAAAAACCCCAUGGAAAACAGAUGAACAUGAAUCUUCCUUAACACUAACAAUGAGAGGUAUUAAUAGUGGAUGAGAUUUAGAGUGCUGCAUACUCUACUAAAAAAAACUUGUGUUGAUUUUUUUUUUUAAUUCAGGGAAUCCUGAAAUACGGAAAAAUGUAAAUUUCUUUCCCGUUUUCUACAGCAUUGUUGGUUUGCUGUAAUACUUAAUGACGUUAAACCCUUUUAAUUUAUUAUUAAUUUGCCUGCAUAUUAUUAGAUUAGAAUCUUGUUUUAUGCUUCUUCUUUUUUUGCCUUGAACUGUUGCACGUAAUCAGCCUUUUUAAAGUAUUUCAUGACUCAUAUUCAUUUGAGUGUUAAUAUAAUUAAAACAUUGGUUUUGCAAUUA